CCUCCCUGCAAACACACAGCAGUCGCAGCGAUGAAACUCUUAGUGCUCGUCGCCUCGCUGGGCGUGCUGGCGCACGCUAGGCCGGAAGCCGGCUACUCCUACCCGAGUCCGCCCUCGUCGUCGUACGGAGCUCCCGGAGGCGGCGGCGGCUUCGGCGGUGGCCACGGAGGCGGCUUCGGCGGCGGCGGCUUCGGUGGCGGAGCGAUAGGCGGCGGCUCCAUCGGCGGAAUCGGAGGCGGCGGCAUCGGAGGCGGUGGCAUCGGGGGCGGUGGCAUCGGAGGCGGCGGCUUCGGCGACGGCGGCCUGGGAGGCGGCUUCGGCGGCGGCGCCAUCGGAGGCGGCGGCGGUGGCUUCGGAGGCGGCGUCGGCGGCGGCUUCGGUGGCGGAGCCGGCGGCGGCUUCGGCGGCGGCGCCGGAGGCGGCUUCGGCGGCGGCGCUGGAGGCGGUGCCCUCAUCCAGAAGCACAUCUACGUGCACGUGCCACCCCCAGAGCCCGAAGAGGUGCGUCCCCAGAGGCCCAUCCUGCCCGCUGCGCCCCCACAGAAGCACUACAAGAUCAUCUUCAUCAAGGCCCCCACCCCUCCCACCCCCACCGCCCCCGUCAUCCCCGCCCUGCCCGGCCAGGACGAGCAGAAGACCCUCAUCUACGUGCUGGUCAAGAAGCCCGAGGAAGCUCCCGAAAUCACCAUCCCGACGCCCGCACCCACCCAGCCGUCCAAGCCCGAGGUAUACUUCAUCCGCUACAAGACCCAGAAGGAAGCCGGAGGCAUCGGCGGCGGCAUCGGCGGCGGCAUCGGUGGAGGCAUCGGAGGCGGAAUCGGCGGUGGAAUCGGCGGCGGAGUCGGAGGCGGAAUCGGCGGCAUCGGCGGAGGCAUCGGAGGCAUCGGAGGCGGAGUGUCCGACAUCGGCGCCACUGGAGGUGGAGUCACCGGCAUCGGAGGCGGAAUCGGCGGCGGCGGCAUCGGCGGCGGUAUCGGCGGUGGCAUCGGAGGCGGCAUCGGAGGCGGCAUCGGAGGCGGCAAGCCGUCCAGCAGCUACGGCCCCCCCGGCCACACGAGCGGCGGCCCCUCCGGCCACUACUAACCGCCCCCGCGCCCGCCCCCGCCCCCGGGUUCGCCCCCGCGCCAGCGAGCCCCUCGCAGUGCCGCAGCGGCUCGCUGCUUCCAUCCUGUGUCGACCCGCUCC